AUUCUUUGCGGGCAUCCUUCUCCCCAAGUUGGUUGGAAAAAAAAUAAAGCACCAGUCUUAACGGCAGAGAGAGCAGAGCCGCCACCAUCCCCCUCUUUCUCUCUCCAGACACGCGUCAAGAACGCAGAAGCCCGUUCACCAUUGCAGGGUUACGCCAGCGAAACAUUUAGAGCGAGCCACUCGAUUGAUUUCAAGAGAGAUGCUGAAGACUGUUUUUUGUGUCCGCUUAGGAAUUUUCGGACAUGCUGCAUGGAAUUGUUGCGAUUUACAAUGUCUUCUUCAGACGUGUUUUCCUGAAGAAGUCAUUACAAAUCACAUUCGAAUUUAACGUGGUGUUUCUGAAGGUUCUACUAACCAAUGAUAUCAAAAUCUAAGAGCACUGGUUGAGACUUUACCAUUGCUGGAACAGAAUGGUAUAGACUGCAACCUCCAUUUGGGAUCACUGUGCACUUUGAGGAUUUCAAGACUACUUGUUAACAAAUUGGAAAAUGAAGUCUAACAAUACUAUCGAUAUUGUUGUCUAAUGAGUUCAUUUCUUAUUGAUGGGAAUGAGUGAUAUCUUCCCUGUUGAGCAGUUCGUCUUAUCUAGGGACGUGUAUUCCAGGCGAUACCCUGUCUGUAAAUUAUGUUGCGAGCAAAGCAAUUAAGUAACCUUUCAAGUAGUGCGAGGUCAUUCUUCCUUACUGGGCCACGAUGUAGUGCGACGGAUGGAAAUUCAUGCUCUUGCUCUGAAGAUGAAACUUGUGUUUCGCAAAGGCAGCUAGCAAGAGAUGGAGGUCUACUUGCCCAAAAUCCAUCCACCAUGGUAUCCAAACCUUCAGCGAGGGCAGGAACCAUCCUCUUGGGAGAUGCAGUAAAAGUGGCAGGUCCUCGUAAGGCUGGAAGUGUUGACCAUACAGCUUCUAUUAAUCAGGUUGCAACAGCACCAAGAUCUUUUGGGAGAUCGGAGACUGUAAGUUAUGCUAGUAGCACGGAUGUGGUGCACUCAUCACCUCUUGUUGCAGACCAGUUUGCUAAGGCUGGAGUUGCAGCUGUAAAUUUUCUGUCUGAUAUAGUAAAUGGCAAGCUUCCUUUAUCUGAUGGGCUUGGAAUCCUUAAUAACUGUAUGGUUGAUCCGACCAGGCCCCUCAACGGUAUCAAGCCAUCACAUGUGAAACAAAUAAAAAGAGAACAUUUCACUAGUGGUCGUCCAAAACCUGCUACUGAGGUAUCAGCUGCAUCAAAGCCUACAAGUAAUAAUCAUGGUCCAAAGGGCAAAGGUGAGAAAUCCAAUUUCGUUAAAGGUCUCAAUCAUGUUCCAUAUACUAGGACGGAAAGCUCAGCAGCACCUCAUACUGUAUACUCGGACCAUCAUGAGCAAAGGUCUAUGCCACCGAAAUCAAAACCUCAUUCAAACUUCAUUCCAAAUUACAGUUCCAGUGCGCAGACCUCUGAUGCAGAGACCAUGGGUCAUGCGACUCAUGCCAUUAAAAGUUUCAACAGGCCCAUAAGAGAUGUGAAAAUGCCAACAGGAAUAGCUCGCCAAAUCAACAGACAAUUUGCUCACACUGGGAAUGUUGUUCAUAAUGUUUCUCACAUACUGCAACAGACACGAUGGGGUCCUGCUGCAGAGGCCGCUAUUGAAAAUCUCAACUGUUCAAUGGAUGCAUAUCAAGCAAACCAAAUUUUGAAGCAACUUCAAGAUCAUUCUGUUGCGCUUGGAUUUUUUUAUUGGCUUAAGCGGCAAGCAGGAUUCAAGCAUGAUGGGCACACUUAUACCACCAUGGUUGGGAUCCUUGGUCGUUCCAGGCAGUUUGGUGCCAUUAACAAGUUGCUUAAUCAGAUGGUGAAAGAAGGAUGCCAGCCAAAUGUUGUGACAUACAACCGUCUGAUUCAUAGUUAUGGCCGUGCAAACUAUUUGAAAGAAGCAAUGAAUGUUUUCAAUCAAAUGCAAGAAGCGGGAUGUGAACCUGACCGUGUUACCUACUCCACACUAAUUGACAUCCAUGCAAAAGCUGGAUUUCUUGACGUUGCCCUAGGACUAUAUGACAAGAUGCAAGAGGCUGGUCUUGCUCCCGACACAUUCACUUACAGUGUUAUGAUCAACUGUCUUGGGAAAGCUGGUCAUUUAGAUGCUGCUCAUCGGCUAUUUUGUGAGAUGGUUAAUCAUGGUUGUGUUCCCAAUUUGGUCACCUACAACAUCAUGAUAGCUUUGCAGGCCAAGGCAAGGAAUUAUGAGACUUCUUUAAAGCUCUACCGUGACAUGCAGGGUGCGGGAUUUGAACCGGAUAAGGUAACUUAUAGCAUAGUAAUGGAGGUCCUUGGCCACUGUGGAUAUCUUGAGGAAGCUGAGGUGAUUUUUCAUGAAAUGAAACGGAAAAACUGGGUGCCUGAUGAGCCUGUUUAUGGUCUUUUGGUAGAUUUGUGGGGCAAGGCUGGUAACAUAGAAAAAGCCUGGAGUUGGUAUCAAGCUAUGCUCCAUGCAGGUUUACGCCCUAAUGUGCCUACUUGCAAUUCUCUGCUCAGUGCGUUUCUUAGGGUGCACCAGCUGUCCGAUGCCUAUAACUUGCUGCAGAGCAUGAUGGGUUUAGGUCUGAACCCUUCUUUGCAGACAUAUACAUUGCUUCUCAGUUGUUGCACAGAAGCACAAUCACCAUAUGACAUGGGAUUUUGUGGUGACCUGAUGGCAGUCACAGGCCAUCCUGCACAUAAAUUCUUACUGUCUAUGCCGUCGGCAGGACCUGAUGGUCAAAACGUGCGAGAGCACAUGAGCCGGUUCUUGGAUAUGAUGCAUAGCGAGGAUAGAGAAAGCAAGAGGGGGCUUGUAGAUGCAGUAGUCGACUUUCUUCACAAGGCAGGACUAAAGGAGGAGGCGGGUUCAGUCUGGGAAGUGGCUGCACAAAAGAAUGUCUAUCCGGACGCCAUCAAAGAGAAAAGCUCAUGUUAUUGGCUUAUUAACCUGCACGUCAUGUCCGACGGUACUGCUGUGAUAGCUCUAUCAAGAACACUCGCAUGGUUUCGCCAACAGAUGCUAAUUUCCGGGAUUUGUCCAAGCCGGAUUGAUAUUGUGACAGGAUGGGGCCGGCGGAGUAGGGUUACAGGAUCAUCUUUGGUUAGGCAGGCAGUGCAGGAACUGCUGAAAGUUUUUCGCUUCCCGUUCUUCACUGAAAACGGCAAUUCUGGUUGUUUUGUGGGAUGUGGGGAGCCUCUUAACAGGUGGUUGCUCCAAUCUUAUGUGGAGCGAAUGCAUUUAUUGUAGGCGGUAGUGCUUCUUCCUCUCUGCCAUUACCGCGCGAUUUUUGUUGUCCUCGGCGGGGAAGAUGAUGAGCAGGGUUGGGUUGAUUUAGGCAUUUAUGUAUUAUGACUGUAUCUUUGUUGUUCUCAUGUGCAGCUAUUUUCAAGUCAAAUAAAAAUUGUUUUAGUUUCCUCAGUA